CGCUCUACGUCACUUUCAUGCGUUCUCUGACCACAACAGCAUCUCGAGAUGUAAAUACAUUAUCAGGAGUCCUGUUCAGCCUCACUGAACACACACAGAUCAUAUAAACGACAGCGGAGUGCAGACAGAUGAUAUUAUUAUUCGUGUGAUUAAAUAAUCAGUUCAUUUUCGUCACCCAAUGGUGCAGGGAUGGAGGAUGAAGAAGAUCUGGAGACUCUGGGAGAGAAACUGUAUGAUCUGAUAUAUCCUAAAUACACUGAGAUGACUCCCAAACUUACAGGUAUGCUUUUGGAGUUGCCUGCUUCAGUUGUGUCUCAGAUGUUGUAUGAUGAAGUUCUGCUGAAUAAAGCUCUGGAAAGAGCACUGACCGCUCUCACGUCACCCGACAAAAGUGACCCCGUGUCUCACACUGAUGAUGCGGCGUCUGUGUCCUCCGACUCUCUGGGUGAACAGCUGUAUGACCUGAUCGACCUCUACAACACCGGACACACGCAGAAGAUAACCGGCAUGUUAUUGGAGCAGAAAAAGGAGGCGGUGCUUCAGCUGCUGUCGGAUCACGUGCUUCUCGAGGAACGAGUCAAGAUCGCCUUGAAAACCUUGCAGGAGCCGGGUGACGAGGGGACAGACGCGAGUGACGGCUCUGACAGGGAGGAAGUGGAAUCCAUGGGCGAGACGCUUUUUAAUAUUGUGCAUCAGUUAGACCCCACCCACUGCUCUGACAUCACCGGGAUGCUGCUGGAAAUGGAUUCAGGAAUGCUGAAACAGAUUCUGUCCGACCGGAGCAUGCUGGAAGUCGCAGUUCAGAGAGCAAAAAGUGCACUGGUACCAAACACACACUCCCAAAGCUUUAUUGUAAUUUGUGUAUUUGCUGACAAACUAUGCAUUUAAUCUAAUAUUCCUCACUUUUAGCUACAGAAGAGCAGCAAACAGCACUUUUAAGUGAAUAUUUUCCUCUGUGUCCACAGGAGGGCGCUCUGAGCCCAACACACUCAGAAUGAGGCUUGAAUUUCUGCAGACCACGUGACUGUAAGAAACCCUGUACUUGGGACUUUUAGGCCUGAACUGCUGUGUAUAAUUCAAGACAUUGUUUACAUGGACUUCCUGUUUAGGAUUGUUGACACUUUUAUUGACAUAAAGGAGAGGAAAAGACUGAAGAAAUAAUGUGCAAUUGCAACAGGCUGGAUUUGAACCUGCUUUACCUGCAUGAGCACCUCGGCUGAAUGCGUCUAGAGCAUGUGCAUUAACCUCCAGGCCCUGGCUUUUACAUUCCAGAUGCUGCCACACAUUUACAAUAAUAUAAUUUGUCAUAAUCAGCUGUUUGUAAAUAAAGAAUGCAAAGUUUCUCUGUAGUUUUGUAUGAGACUUAUGUAGUCUACAAAUAUUACAGCCAUAGAAAUAUAUAAAUGUUUUACAUGUU